GUGUGUGUCAGUGUCGAUUGUGCGGGUGUGCAGAGAGGAGGUCACCGCUCGCGCCUCCCUCCGCGUUCACUAAACUCUCCUUCGGCGUUCUCUCGGCCCUUUAAAAAGAGUAUGACUCAAUCGGUGGCUUGGCGACUGGCGUUGUAGCAAAGUUAUAAUAUACAAAGUCGGGAUUUUGUAUUAAUUAAACGUGUUUUUUGGGGGGAAUUGAGGAUAAUUCUUCAUAGCCGCAUGGAGUGUCAGGUGCUUGGCGGUGCAUGGUUGCCCUCUCAAACACCGUCUUCGUGGCGUGUCUGAGACACUGGUGCCGAGGACGACUUGAACUGGUGGCGACGUGAAGUAACACACGAGCCGCUGAGCCCUUGGUGAGAGAUACAUCUCAACACCAGCACGUGCUUGUCAACACAUUCCACGGAUGUUAUCGUGUGAGCGAGCCAAGGCGAGGCUCUUGACUAGUUCAGCUGGUGCACAGUAACUCAGAUGGUUGCUGCCGUAUGUGUGGCAGGUGGUGGUGGUAGCCCAGACUAUUGAUUGCGGUGGAAGUCCAGUUGGUACGCCAGAGGCCCAAGUUCUGCCAGUAGAACAAACACCUUCAGUCAUAACAAACAUGUUGCAUAACCUUGUUGCGUACAGCUUGGCACCAGUAUAGUACUGUCGUGUAAGAUCAGGAACCUUUAAUAAGUCGCUAGUGACGUUUAGUAGAAGAGGAGCAGAAGUAGGUGUGUGUCCAGAAGGGCGAGCAUCACCUUAGCCACCAUGUCACUGGCAGAGACCUGCCUGCCGGAGGGCGAGGCCCUCAAGAGCCACCAGCCGCCUCAGGACUCUGCUGACGGCGAGUCCAUCAUGCUGCUGGAGCCUAGACCCUUCAGGCCCUUUAAAACCUCCGAAGAGUACCUGUACGCCAUGAAAGAGGAUCUGGCCGAGUGGCUCAAUAAUCUCUACAGCAUGGAUAUAAACGUCGACAGCUUCUUUGAACGACUCGACACUGGCGAAGUCCUCUGCGCGUUAUCCGGAAAAAGCCUGCAGGUACCUGACGUAUCCAGAAAACCUCCGGAAUUCCCAACCAGUCGUAUAUUAUGUGGUGUAGUAGAGUGGGAAGCCGACCCUUGGGGGCCGUGGAGCAGACGGCUCUUCCACCAAGAGCCGUCUUGACCCCUCACAAAAACG